UUUAUAUCCACUACUAGUUACUACAGUUCCAACCGCCUACAAGAAGCUCCCAGAGCUCACAGCACCACGAAUUAAACAGAACCAAAAUUCCUUAGCAGUUCACUUACUCAAACGGAAUCGUGUAUUAAAUCUCCAAUUCCCUCAUCCUAUUUCCCUCUUCUCUUGAUGAUCCAGCGUGGACGACAUCAUUAAUUGUUCCCGCCAUGUCGUACGAAGUCGAACAUUCCACCACCCCCUCCAGCGCCAACAGCAAUGAUAUCCGCAACCCCCGCGCCACACCCCGCCGACCCGACCUCUCCUCCUUCUUUGCAACCCUACAAGAAAUCACACCGAACCCCAGCGAGAUCCGCACGCGGCCAUAUGCUGUACCCGUGCCAGGCGACAUCAGCGCCGCGUACAGAUCGCUCGCGGAGGCGCUGAAUGUCAUGCGCCAUCAAACGGGGGAUGACGGGUUCCCGGUCCAUGACGGGCGUGAUGAGGGGCUGCGGGAUGUCGCGGAAGACGGAGAUGCGACGGGGGGAGAGGGGCUGUUGUCGAGCAUGAUUGGGCUUUUGUUGCGGGAGGCGGAGGCGCCGCCGAGGGAGGUGGAGGGGGUGGGGGAGGCGUUUUGCGAUGCCCUCGAGCGCGUCCCGACCUCCAGCCUGAAACCCACGCAGGCCUGUCCAAUCUGUAGCAACCCUUUCCUCGACGAUCCAUAUCCGCUCGUCGUCCGUCUCCCCUGCCACACCUCCCACCUCUUCGAUCUCGAAUGCGUACGGCCUUGGCUCCGAUUACGCGGGACGUGUCCGCUUGACCGGGCUGAUUUUGGCAAGAAGGAGCGCGAGCGCGAGCGCGAGAGGAUCGAGCGAUUGAUGAAGAAGGGAAGCGGGAAUAGGGCUGGUGAUGAUGAAGAGGAGGAAUGGGAUGGGAUGUAUGGAUGAGCAUUGGUGUGCCGGGUUGCUCUCUCUCGUGGAGAUGACAAGGGGCAGUAGACGUGUUUCCCCGCUCCUCUCUCUCCCUUGUCUGAUAUCUUUCAUGGCGAAGGGAUGGAAGAAUGGAGAGUGGCUACUAUUUACCAUUUGCUUCGUCUUGGAUUUGAAUGUCAAUUUGGGAAUGAAUGCAUGCAUGGAGUUAAUGUUUUCCUCUUGAUGGAGUCGGAUUUGACCUUUUUUUUCAGUGUAUCGUGCCUAGUGAUCAUUCAGCUUUCCUUCCUCUAUUCAACAUUUAUUCAUGCUAACCACAUGCGUUGUAUGGAGCGCGUGUGGUAAAUUAUAUUCUCUUACACGCAUCUAAAUUUUGGAAGAGGAAGAUCAUCUCUGGAUAUAUCCGGACUACCCGCUAAGAAGAAAAAUAAAAUGCUCCGCCCAUCCAGAGCCACCCAUAAAAUGCGCCAGAAACCAUGCCCCACGAAAAAUAAUCCAAUAUAAACUCCUCCAUUUUCCAGUCAAA